GACUACCUCUAGAACCUCCUUCCACUUUGUGUAUCUUACCAGGACUAUAGGGCGCACAGGCAUCAUACUAAUCUCAGGACGCAAGUGCACCUCGACAAAGCCAAGGACUAACAACAAGCAACGAGCUAACGAGCAACAAGCAACAAGCGAAUAGACGACGCGAUCAAAAUAUCAAAGGACCCACCCAAAGGACCCAAGGGAUCAAGGGACCCAAGCGAGUCAAAGUCAUCAAAGGAGGUCCUUUGGCACAGCUUCUCCGGGAUCAAUCAGAAAGGCCAAGUGUCAGCAAGACACAGCACAGCUCGACUCUUAUACGUCGCCACCUGCUACGAGGGGUUUCCCAUCAAAUUCCCUCUCCAUCCCUCGAACUUUUCCCCUCCCUUCUCUCUUUAUCAUGAUCCUAUCCUACACUCAGACCCAGGUCGCUCACGAUCCCAAGACCUGGCAUUGGCUUCAAUCUCUACAACCCGACCAGACUGUUCAGUUGAUCAGUACUGCCGACGACCGCUAUCGUAUCGACGACGAUUGUUGCCGUGACGGCGAGACCGACAGCAUGGACACUGACAGAUUGAGCCGCGUUACCGCCGGCUCUAAGCGUCAUGCAAAUUUCGUCAAACAACUCAAAAGAAACAACAUCAUACGCAUGAGCAACUUCAGGUUGAAGAUCCAUCAGAUGGACGGCACAUUCACCGAUACAGCUCUCAAAGCGACGACUUCCAAGCUCUCUCAAGAAACCCGAGACAAGAUCAUGGAGUCCCUGACCUUCAUCGGAAAUCGCUGCGAUACAGGCGCAUACAACGGCAAUGAGCAUCAGUUCCAGAAGAUGAUGGAUCCACUGUUGAUCGACAUGAUCGAUUCAGAAGCUUACGCUACCGUACAGGAUGGUUGGAAGGAUUUCGAGGCUACCAAUCCCGGGACCUGGAACCGUGGAUCGAAGGUUCUAGAAGAGAGAUACCAAGACCUGUCGCAACCCAAGGUCGAUUUCUCUCUCGCGCUAUCCAUGCGACAGGAUCAGUCUGAAGGACUGACCGAACAGUCCACCCCUCUAUCCCGGAUCUGCCAGCGUGUUCAAUCUCGCAGCUACCGAUGUCGGAACAUGGAAGGGAGAGGGGAGGACGUCUCGUUCGAGCGGGCAAUUCAUUUGCUGUCGGUUCCUGCUCUGAGGCGGUUCAAUGCUCAUGAUCGUUUGAAAAGGGUCUGCUUCGUUCACAAAACACGAAUCCGAAACUUCGGGAAUUAUCCGAUUUCAGUUUUCGAAUUCAAGUCGACUAAGGAAUUCAUGGCUGUAUGCGAGAAUCAGAUCGUGAACUCCUGUGUCUUCCAAUGCGGGAAGUUGAUCGAUCUUCUGUUUGAGGCGCAGAGUUUGCAGGAGGACGCCGAUCUUCCAGAACGAGUUCUCUCCCUUGGGAUGUGCAUCGCUGGCAAGGAAUGGAAAGUCAUCGCGAUCAGCUCGACGGAGAAUGAUGAAUUGGGCGGGGGUUUUGUCUACGGCGAGAUCUGUAAUGGCAAUUGGCACGUCAAUCCCGAAAAGUUCAUCGGAGCGGUCAUUGCGAUGCACGAGCAUAAUGAGAACAGGACGGUCAGAUUGUUACUCAAGUGCUUUGGUAUCUUUGAUGAUUGGGUGGCCGAACAGCCUUCUCAACAAGAUGAUCCCAACAUCGCUUGGGAUCUGUUGUCAGAGAGAGGAGUUCCUCAAACGAAGAAACUGGAGACGGUGGAAGAGGGGUCUGACGACGAGCCUGACCAACAGCAUCAGGCGGUCUAACCGGCGCGGUCACCGCCAGGAUACUGAGCCGAAUCUCCAAUCGUUCAAACGACAAACACGGCUACCAACGUCAAUCCGGAACUCUUAGCCGGAUGAUCACUCGGAACUACAAGCUGCAUAGUUGAUGGAUACAAACUACGAUAUUUACGACACCUCAAAACCAAGAAACAUCACAAGAAAAAAUCUAGGAUGAGCAGACGCCAUCUUUGUAUUACGCCACAACGUUCAUGUCUUACGUUCCCUAUCCAUGUCUCACUUC